AUGGAGAAAUUAAAGGAACUCCAGACGACCGUACACCUCCAAAGUGAUCGCAUUUGUCAGUUAGAGAAACAGAACAGAAACUUGGAAAAACGUAUUGCUACCGAUCUCCGCAGUAGAGAGAACAAGCAAGAUGAACGGAUUUCUAUUCUAGAGAAGCAGUACUCGCGUUUAGAAGAACGUUUGGUAAAACAAUCGAGGGACAUUCUAGCUGAUAAAAAUUUGAAGAGGACCACAAAGAAAAAGAUUUCCGUGUUACAGAGUAGACAGAAUGUCCAAGAAAAACUUUAUAGAGAUCUAAAGAAUCAACUACGAAAUUUGAUGCACUUGCAGGAGGAAAAGUCCUCUUUCCUUAAAACCUUCACACAAAACCAAGACAAUUUGAUUAGAAAAGAACUCUUGGUCAAUAACAAUGCCGUUGGGUCGACGUAUCUUGAUUCAGCUAACACUGUUAGUAGUGUCACCGGUACUGUUGUGGUGCAUGUGGACCAGGGAGAUGAUGUUCUACUAAGAACUCUGGACUUGUAUAACGGUGCAAAAUUCCUCUAUCUUCCUGUUAAUGGCCAUGUUGGGGAAACAACUGAUACCAAUACAGACUUGAAGGCGGUGAUGGAGAAAUUAGAGGAACUCCAGACGACCAUACACCUCCAAAAUGAUCGCAUUUCUCUGUUAGAGGAGAAGAACCGAAACCUGGAAAAACGUAUAGCUACCGAUCUCCACAACAGAGAAAACAAACAAGAUGAACGGAUUUCUAUUCUAGAGAAGCAGUACUCCCGUUUAGAAGAACGUUUGGAAAAACAAUCCAAGACCGUUUUAGCUGAGAAAAAACUAAAGGAGACUACUAUGAAAAAGAUGGCCAUGUUUCUGAGUAGACAGAAUGUACAAGAAAAACUCUACAUGGGUUUAAAAAAUCGAGUACAAAAUUUGAUACACUUGCAGGAAGAAAAGUUCUCUUUCCCUAAAGCACAACACCAAAAAAGUUUGAUAAGGAAAGAACGAGUGCUUGCUCCUGUUACGUAUUCAGCAUCACUUGGCAACGUUGUUGCUUUCUACGCGUAUUUAUCAAAGGAUGUUCCAUCUCCAAGUGCGCACCACAUUCUUACAUUUGAUUACGUAAUUACCAAUGCUGGAAAUGCCUAUCAUCCCCAUUCUGGAACAUUUAUAGUACCACGAUCUGGUUUUUACGUGUUUACUUGGACUAUUAGAAUGUAUGGUACUUCACAACACCCAACAGAACUGUUGGUCAAUAAUUAUUCUGUUGGGGCGAUAUACCUAAACUCUGGUAAUGCUAUAGACGGCUGUGUUACCGGUACUGUCGUGGUCCAUGUUAACCAAGGAGAUGAUGUUUUACUCAGAACUUAUGACUCAUGGAAUGGUGGUGAUAUAGUAAGCAGGCCUGAAGGAAGAUCGUCUUUUGCAGGAUGGGCUUUAGCUUAA